AUGAAAGAGGACGUGAAGGACUGUGAGCAGGCAGGCAUUGCCCGUGGCAAAAAUGACCGGCAGAAGGAGCACUCUCCAAUUGAUGAUCUGCUCUCCCAAUAUUCAGACGCAGAAAAGGCCAAGGCGUUUCAGAAACUAGAUUGGAGUUUGAUUAUUCUGCUCGGCAUUCUCUAUCUACUGUCAUAUAUUGACCGCGGUAAUGUAGGAAAUGCCUACACCGCAGGUAUGGGCAAGGAAUGGGGUAUCACCUCAAACCAAUACUCUUGGGUGAUAACCGCAUAUUAUAUCGCUUAUAUUACCUUCCAAUGGUUCAUUCUCCUCUGGAAGCUGGUCUCACUCCCAGUAUGGGUCUCUUUGAUGGCACUCGGCUGGGGCGCUUCUAGUAUGCUCCAAGCCGCAGCCAGCAAUUUCGCGGGCUUGAUAAUUCUUCGUUGUCUAAUAGGAGCAUUCGAAGCUGGCUUUGGACCAGGUGUGGCUUUAUAUCUAUCUUUCUUCUAUCGCCGGUCGGAGAUGGGGUUCAGAUUUGGACUUUUCAUUUCAUUUUCGGCCAUUGCAAACUGCUUCGCAUCCGCGCUAGCCUACGGCAUUGUUCACGCAAAUACAUCGAUUGCCGAUUGGAAGUUGCUGUUCAUUAUUGAGGGCAUUCCCACUAUUGUGGCAGUGCCCCUUGUUUAUGUGUUUCUGCCCAGAGGGCUUGGUGAGUGUCGCUUCCUCACAGCGAAGGAAAAUGAUAUUGUGCGCCUUCGAGCGCUUUCGGGGCGUGGCCAUGAAGAAAAGGGAAGAUUGGACCAGAAAGAUGUGUUCGCUGCGUUGUUUGAUUAUAAAAAUUACUUCCAAGCAGUUAUUGUCUUUUGCUUGAAUUCUGCCUUUGGAGCUCUUCCUGCGUUCCUGCCAACAAUUAUUGAGGACAUUGGAUAUACAUCAGCCGAAGCACAGGGGCUGUCGGCACCCCCCUACCUACUUGCAUACUGCAUCUGUCUAUUGGCUUCCUACACGUCCGAUCGAGUUGGCAACCGCUCAUUUCUAUUAAGUGGACUGAGUAUACUCGGGGCUGUCGGAUAUCUUAUCCAGGCCCUCGUUAAAACAAAUGGAAUACGGUACUUUGCAUGCUAUCUCAUCUGCGGAGGGGUGUUCCCUUCUGUGGCAUUGGCUUUUACAUGGCUCACGGACAACGGGGGCUCUGCGUCCAAACGAGGUGCUGGCCUAGUGAUUUUCGGCAUGCUAGGUCAAGUCGGAUCCAUUGCCGGGUCCCGAUUCUUUCCCAAAGAGGAAGGCCCUUACUAUGUCAAGGGCAUGGGUGUCAGUGCUGGAUUGCUGUUCUUUGCGGCAAUUCUUGCCCAGAUGCUUAGGUUACUGAUGAGAUGGGAGAACAAACGCCGAGAUGCUCUUCACGGCCCUGUAGAUGCCAAGAAGGAUGAUGCUGUGAUCAACUCGGGAGAUGACCAUCCAAACUUCCGAUUCAUUCUAUAA